CCACCUGCACGAGCCAAUGCCCCCCCGGCCGUCCCCAAGUGCCUUAUCUCGCUCUCCAUCAGUUGCUGAGUCCUCUCACCCCUUGCUAUUGCCCCCGGGUCAUCUUUCUCCAUCCCGAUCUUCCUUCUGCUCCCAUCUGCAUACUCGCGCUGUGCACUCGACAUUGACCGUGCUUGCCAACGAUUCAACGAGGCCCUUCGACCUCCGUUGCUUUUUCCCAGACUCACCCGACCUUGUCUGCCAGCUCGGCCGAAGGGCGACGAUCACUGUGCGUCUCGGUGCCUCUCGACUGGGAACGACGCCCCCUCAAAGGGCACCCCUGUUCCGCGCUGUUUCGCACGUUGUGGUGAAGCCGCGCUCGCGAGCACGUUGACCACGGCACUCGGUGCCGAUUACACUCGUUUAUUCCGUCCAUCUUCUGCAAGACUCGUGCACCGUCGGUUGUGCGAGUCUCGGGCAUCUUGGUGCCAGCUGCUGCGACGUCGACCGCCCAACGCCAUUGACAGCGAGCGCUUCCCGACCGCCCGCCCAACGUCGUUGUACGAAGUACGACGUUACAGAAGAACCCGCUUCCCGUUUCGAGCCACAAAUUGAGACGCCCAAGAGCAUUGUGAAGCGGAAACAUUUCCUGCGACAAGCCCACGGCAAUUGAAGCAAGACGACAUCAGACGACCGCUGCCAUGGUCCCGGCGUUGAAGGCCGGGCUCAGCGGCCUGCUGUCUCUGCUGCUGCUGACGCCCGCGGAUGCAUUCUAUAUCCCAGGAUGGUCCAUCAAGAGCUACAAGGAGGGCAGUCAAUUGCCUCUGCUGGUCAACAAAGUGUAUUCGGACAACACGCAGCUCCAGUAUGCCUACUACAAUCUCCCUUUCGUCUGCCCCCCAACGGGCAAGUCCAAGGCCGGCGGUGGUCUGCUUAGCGGGCAGAGCAUUCCGCUGAACCUCGGCGAAGUCCUCCGUGGCGACCGCAUCAUGGCCUCCGACAUGGAACUGGAAAUGGGCAAGGACAAGGCGUGCAAUUUUCUUUGCAACAAGGAAAUUUCGCGUAGUGAUCUCCGACGCGCCAAGGAAAUGGUCCGCGACGGCUACGUCACAGAGUGGAUUGUUGACAACCUCCCCGGCGCGACGAGCUUCGUGACGAGCGACAAGACCAAGAAAUACUAUGCAGCUGGGUUCAAGCUCGGAUACACAGAGCUCUCGUCGACCACCGGCAAGGCCCGAUACUUCCUGCACAACCACCACACCAUCGUGAUUCGAUACCGCAAAGCGCCCGGAAAGGCGGGCGAAAGGGGCGAGAGGCUCGUCGUCGGAUUCGAGGUCUACCCUAAGAGUGUUGGCCGCGACAAUCGUAGGGACAGCUCUGGUUGCCCUAUGGACUUGCAGCACGUCUCCGGCGGGUUUGAGCUUUACAUGGCAGCCAACAAGACGAGCGAUAUCGCUGCGCGAUACCCCGACUCGUCCUACUACCCAGACGCUCUAGAGGACGACGAGAGUGAGGGAGGCUCGCUCACUAUACCGUAUUCAUACUCGGUCUACUUCCGCGAGGACGACGGCAUCGAGUGGUCUCAUCGGUGGGAUCUUUACUUCGUGAAUCAAGAAGAAGGCUCGCGCAUCCACUGGCUGGCCAUUGUCAACUCGCUCAUCAUUUGCGGCCUGUUGACGGGUAUCGUCAUGAUAAUCCUGGCCAAGACUAUCCGCACGGAUAUCAAGGCAUACAAGGACGCCACCAUGGAGGAUGGCAAACUGAGGCGGAAGAAGCCCCGAUCUGGCGCGCGCUCACCCAAGGAAAAGACGCCCGGCCUUCUCGAUCAGGGCACAGAUGUUGACAAUGAUGUUGACUUGUCCGAGGACGAUGAGGCGCUCGAGGAUGUUACGGGCUGGAAGCUUCUCCACGCGGACGUGUUCCGCAAGCCAAGCUGUGGAAACCUCUUGGCACCCCUCGUGGGCUCGGGUAUGCAGCUGCUCUUCAUGGCAAUCGGCCUAGUGCUGCUGAGUGCCCUGGGCAUCCUUAACCCGAGCUUUCGGGGCGGCUUCAUCAGCGUGGGCGUUGGCCUAUUCAUCUUCGCGGGCGUCUUCUCCGGGUAUUUCUCUGCGCGAGUGUUCAAGAGCUUCGACGGCAAGAACUACAGAGCUAAUGCGCUGGUGACAGCGCUGCUGUUCCCUGGGCUGACGUUUGGUCUCGUCUUCAUCCUGAACCUCUUUGUGUGGGCGCAGGCGUCGAGCACCGCGAUUCCGUUCGGGACUUUGAUGGCGAUGCUUCUGCUGUGGCUGUGCGUGCAGGUGCCACUCGUGCUGGCAGGGUCGUACUACGGGUAUGUCAAGGCCGGCGCUUGGGAGCACCCGACGCGGACGGCAGCGGUGGCGCGGCAGAUCCCGAACCAGGCGUGGUACAUCAAGUCGCUGCAGUCGGUUCUGCUGGCAGGCCUGAUUCCGUUCGCCGUCAUCUUUAUCGAACUGCUAUUCGUGUUCCAGUCCGUGUGGCAGGACAAGAGUGGGUACUACUACGUGUUUGGGUUCUUGGCGAUGGUGUCCGUCAUCUUGGUGGUGACGAUUGCCGAGGUGACGGUGGUGACGAUCUACAUCCAGCUGUGCUCGGAGAACUACCACUGGUGGUGGCAGUCGUUCCUGGUCGGCGGCGGCAGCGCCGUGUGGGUGUUUGGGUACUGCAUCUGGUACUACACGUUCAAGCUGCACAUUAGCGGUUUCGUGAGCAGCCUACUCUUCUUCACGUACAGUUUCAUGGCUUGCUGCGUGUACGGCCUACUGACGGGAACGGUGGGGUUCCUGAGCGCGUACGCUUUUGUGCGGCGGAUAUACGGGGCGAUCAAGGUGGACUAAUGACAGCCGCCGGUAAUAUCUUUUCUUAAUAUUUGGGCCCAUUUCAAAACAUCAGCGACAUGGUCACUCCUUGGAAUAUAUACAGGCGCCGAUUCUUACCUUCAUUUGGGCAUCUUGUGUGGGGAACCUCGAGUAACGUGGCUCCAUACGGCGUCGGAACGAGCUGGAAUUCAGCAUGCGUGGGAGUCGGACAGAGACUGGCGUUGAAAGCUCCAUGUUUGGUUUAGGAGGAACGCGCACACGCACAUGCACAAACAUUAGCAGAGACAUAUGAUUCUUGGUGAUGGUACAGUACUUGCUGUAAUGGGGAAGCGCAUUUUGGAGUUGUAGCCUCUACGGCAGAGCAAACGGCUGGUGCAUGCAUGGGAGCAGGAGCGCUGCGGCCUCUUGUUCGACACAAUCAAAUAAUGCCACAAUGACACGAGAC